UUGAAACUUUCUCGUUCAUAUUUUGCUCCAAAAAAUCUGUAAAAAUCGAAAAUUAUUCAAAUUCACCUUAAUUAAGCUACUUUUAACAAUGUCUAACCAAAGCAUACAAUCGGAAAACAAGCCUAAUAACGAUGAGCCAGUUGGGAAUAAAGGAAGUGCUGUCGCUAAAAGAUUACAAAAGGAACUAAUGGCACUCAUGAUGAGCUCUGAAAAGUCAGUAUCUGCAUUUCCUGAAGAUUCUAAUUUCUUUAGGUGGAAGGCAACGAUCGUUGGUCCAAAAGAAACACCAUAUGAAAAUCAGAAGUAUCGUCUAUCGAUUGAAUUUCCUAAUAAUUAUCCGUACACAGCACCAACAUGUAAAUUUACUACUCCUUGUUUUCAUCCAAACAUUGACAUUUCAACUGGAAUGCUCUGCCUGGAUAUAUUAAAAGAGAAGUGGUCAGCACUGUAUGAUGUUAGAACAAUUUUACUGUCUAUCCAAAGUCUAUUAAGCGAACCUAAUAACGAUUCACCACUUAAUAGUAAUGCAGCCAGCUUAUGGGAUAAAAAGGCAGAGUACAAAAAGUAUCUUGAUCAGUUCUAUGAAAAGAACAAGGAUACAUGAUUAGAUAAAAAAGAGACUAAUUAAUAUAAUAAGCUAGCAUCAAAAUCCUUUAAUCUCUGUCUAAGCUUUUAUUUGAUUGAUAUUUUGUUUCUUCUUUUUGCCUUUUUCUUAUAACUUACUCACAUCGCUU